GUAAUGACCACUGCAGCGCGUCUCGCGCGCCUCGGCCUCCGCCUCGGGCCCCUGGGCGCGCCGACGCUCGUCGCGAGUUUCGCGCCGCCGCGGCCGCGCGUCGGAGCGCUCGUGCUCAUCCCGCACGGUAGGACGCCUUCGAACCAACGGCUGAUCUUCCAGAACCACUCCGAGGGGCCCGACGCGACGCUGUUACCGGAGUCGCUCGUCGAAGCCGGCAAAGGCGCCGAGGUGUUUCUGGACGCCUUCGGCGACCGCCUCGAGAGGUGCAGCUUCCGGCGGUCGCCGCUGCACCGCUGCGCUCAGACGUGGGAAGCCUACACAGCCGUCUUAGCGGACCGCGGCCUGGAGGUUCCCGAGAUCGCGGUCGACGAGGCGCUCGUCGAGAUCGACCACGCGAGCUGGCACGGCAAGACCGUCGACGACCUCUCGGGCGCGGACCGCGCCUCCGCCGCCGCGCAUCGGGCUGGCGACGUGCUUGCGAAGCCUCCCGACGGCGAGUCGCAGCUCGACGUGCUCGAGAGGGCGGCCGCUUGGGUCCAUGGGCUCGACGCGCCCGACCGCGUCGUCGUCGCGUUCGGCCACGGGACGAUGCAGAACGCGAUCGAGGUGGUGCUCCGGACGUACGGAUCGCGGCCGCCGGCCGAGGUCUUUACGCGCGUGCCGGGCAAGUCCCAUCUCAAGCGCGGGUUCCCGCACGUCGUGUUCGACGCUGACGGUGGGGCGCUGGGUCCGCUCGGGUAG